AUUUUCCACAAAAUAUGGCUCAGAGACCAAAACAAGCAUGCUCGUGACUCAGCCAAUUGCUAAGGUGGAGAAGCACUGGACUGUGUAACAGGUGGAGCACACAUGGCCCUGCCACUUGGCUGCACAUCCAGCCCCACCUCCUUCCCCACAUAAACCUUUGUGAAGAGUCUCACUGAAUCACAACUGGGCAGGGAAGGGGAGCCCUGGAAGCACAGCCCCACAAAGUGUUGCACAAUCCACUGGAAGGAAAACUCAUAAGAGAUCGUUGUUAAAGGAAACUGGUAAUGGACCUGAUCACAAACUAUUCCAUGGAAACCUGGGUUCUCCUGGCUACCUGCCUGGUGCUCCUCUAUCUAUACGGGACCUCUUCACAUGGCCUUUUUAAGAAGUUGGGAAUUCCUGGGCCAAAACCUCUUCCCUUUUUUGGAAAUAUGCUGACUUCCCGCAAGGGUAUCUGGGAUUUUGACACAAAAUGUUUUAAAAAGUAUGGAAAAAUGUGGGGAUUUUAUGACGGUCGACAGCCUAUAUUAGCUAUCACAGAUCCUGAUAUUGUAAAAACAGUGCUGGUGAAAGAAUGUUAUUCUGUUUUCACAAACAGGCGGUCUUUUGGUCCACUGGGAUUUAUGAAGAAAGCCAUCAGUUUAUCUGAAGAUGAAGACUGGAAGAGGAUACGAACAUUGCUGUCCCCAACAUUCACCACUGGGAAACUCAAGGAGAUGUUCCCCAUCAUUGAACAGUAUGGAGAUGUACUAGUGAAAAACCUGAGACAGAGAGCCAAGAAAGGUGAACCUGUCUCCAUGAAAGACAUCUUUGGGGCCUACAGCAUGGAUGUGACCACUGGCACAUCAUUUGGAGUGAAUGUCGAUUCCCUCAACAACCCAAAAGAUCCGUUUGUGGAAAAAAUCAAGAAGAUCUUAAAAUUUCAAUUUUUUGAUCCACUUUUCCUCUUAAUAUUAUUUUUUCCAUUCCUUACACCAGUGUUGGAGGCAUUAAAUAUCUCCGUGUUUCCAAGAGAUGUCAUAAAUUUUUUUAAAAUAUCAAUUGAAGGGAUUAAAGAAAGUCGCCUCAAAGAGAAACAAAAGCACCGAGUGGAUUUUCUUCAGUUGAUGAUGAACUCUCAGAAAUCCAAAGGCACAGUGUCUCAUAAAGCCCUGUCUGAUCUGGAGCUCGUGGCCCAAUCAAUUAUCUUUAUUUUUGCGGGCUAUGAAACCACUAGCAGUGCUCUUUCUUUCAUUAUGUAUGAAUUGGCCACUCAUCUUGAUGUCCAGAAAAAACUGCAGCAGGAGAUUGAUACAGUUUUGUCCAAUAAGACACCUGCCACCUAUGAUGCCCUGGUACAGAUGGAGUAUCUGGAUAUGGUUGUGAAUGAAACACUCAGAUUAUACCCAAUUGCUGGAAGACUUGAGAGGGCUUGUAAGAAAGAUGUUGAAAUCAAUAGAGUGGUCAUUCCCAAAGGGUCAGUAGUGCUGAUACCAACCUAUGCCCUUCAUCGAGAUCCCAAAUAUUGGAAAGAGCCUGAAGAGUUCCGCCCUGAAAGGUUCAGUAAGAAGAACAAGGACAAUAUUAAUCCUUACAUAUACAUGCCUUUUGGGGCUGGACCCAGGAACUGCAUUGGCAUGAGGUUUGCUUUCAUGACCAUGAAACUUGCUAUCAUCAGAGUCUUGCAAAACUUCUCCUUCCAAACAUGUAAGGAAACACAGAUCCCUAUGACAUUUAACAAUCAAGCACUUCUUCAGCCAGAGAAAGAUAUUCUUCUGAAAGUAGUGUCAAGAGAGGAGACCUUAAGUGGAGCCUAAUUUUUCCUAUGAUCUUCUGCUAUGUUCUCUUCUUCAUGGAAGCUGUGUCAUAGAACACUAGUGAUUGAUUUGUCAAAAAAAAUUAGAAAUGAAAAAAAUGGACUUAAUCUGCACUUGAUGAGUGAUUGAGAUUCUGGACCUUCAUUGUGCUUGCUUACUGUGUGUGUAGGGUAUUAUCAUAUUAGUGGGAAAUAGGUAGACACCCUCCCUGGGACACAUGACUACCUGUACCUACCCACAUUUAGCAUGAUAAACACUUCUGAUCAGAAAUAAACAUUCAUCACUAAUUUAAUUGAAAA